AAAACUUGAGUUCAUUUAUAUUCGAACCAAUGAGAUGCUAUGACAUGUGAUUAAGAAGCAACCGUUAAUAUUAACAUAUUAUAUGGUUAACAUUUCAUUUCAUGAAGCCGGAAAAAAAGCAAGGAGAAGAAAAAACAGAGUUGGUUGGGUGGCAGUUGAAUCUCUCCUCGUUCUGGUUUUGUGAUCUCUGAGGUUGUUGUUGUAGCAUGGCGUACAGGAGAAGGCAAGGUAUAUCCAGGGCUUCCACCUUCAAGGAAGAAUUUCAUCCAUCAUUGGAUGAUGUUAAGGAUUCUGAUCUUGACAAUGCUUCUCCAUCAAUCUUCUCAUCUUCCUCUUCUUCAACAUCAUCUCUCGCUGCUCAAGCCAUCAAAGCUUCUUCUUCUCAUCGUCAACCAUCUCUUUCCUUCGCCUUUUCCCCCUCCGACCAUCAAAGAUCCAAGAGCUUUGAGUCUGAAGGGAAUGACAACUCCAAGGCUGCUGGUUUCUGGGGUGUGAUUGCGCAGAAAGCCAAAUCAAUUCUAGAUGAUGAUAAGCCAGCUCCACAACAUGACAUCAUCAGGCCCCAAACACUCAAAUCGCACUCAUUUAAUACCUUUACAAGUCCUGCAACUCAGAACAACCCUUCACAAUUCAAGCCUGUGUAUGAAUCCCUUGACUGCAACAGAAAAAUGGACAAUCCUAAAUUUCGGAAGGGGUUGGAUGCAAUCACUUCGUCCCUCAAUCAACUAGGUGACACUUUUGAGAAGGCUUUCGAGGAAGGCCGAACAAUGAUGGAGAAUAAGACAGCAGACCUGAGAACUCAAAUUAGGCGAAAAAGUAACUCUGUGGACAUAAACCAAACUUCAGAUAUGAGAAAUCCACUACAAGAAGCAGUCCAGACACAGACUCAAUCUAGCCAUGAAACAAAACUCAAGGCAUCACGCGACGUGGCAAUGGCUACAGCUGCCAAAGCAAAAUUACUUCUUCGCGAGCUAAAAUCUGUUAAAGCAGAUUUGGCAUUUGCCAAAGCCAGGUGUGCUCAACUUGAAGAAGAAAAUAAAAUACUCCGAGACCGAGAGGGCAGUGAAAAGGGACAGAACCGUGAAGAUGAUGAUCUGAUCAGGCAUCAACUGGAGACACUUCUUGCUGAGAAGGCUCGUCUGGCGAGUGAGAAUGAGACAUAUGCUAGGGAAAACCGUUUCUUAAGGGAAAUUGUGGAAUACCAUCAGCUGACUAUGCAGGAUGUGGUGUAUAUAGAUGAGGGCAUGGGAGAAGUCACUGAAGUUUACCCUGCAGAUGCUGCUGGCUUCACACGGUUGUUAUCUGUCUAUCCACGCUCAUCAUCACCACCAUCUCCUGAUGAGGUUCUUCUAGCCCAAACUCCACCGAUGUUGUCAAAAGAAAUAUUUACUGUGCCGGAAGAAGAAGAUUACAAGAGUACAUCAGAUGAUGAGGCUCCUUCAACUGUCUCGGUUUCUCCACAUACAAAAUGAUACCUUUCUUAUUCUUUUCAUGGUUUAGCCUUAGAAGAGGUUCUCUUGUUUUCAGGAAAAGUGCAUGCUUUGGAACUUUUUGUUUUUUUUUUCUAUCUUGUUGCAAAGUGAGGAAGAGUGGGGUAUAUGAAGAGAAAGCCAUAUUUUUUGUGUUGUGUUCCUUUCAUGGUAAGGUUGGUUUGGCAAAUGCCUUUGUAUUGACUGAUCAUAAUUUUUUGGAGCUGGAUGUAUUACGAAUAUGACAAAUUCAAUUAACAUUUUAAAAGUAUUUAAGAAUA